AUGUUCACACCAGAUGCGAGCCUCACCGAAAUGGAAGCCGCUAUCAGAUUUCAGCGCCUUGUGCAAAUCGGAAGUGCAGCAGAUUAUGCCGCAGAAUUUGAGUGGCUCAGAAGCAAGAUUUCACGGGAGACAUACCAUGCGUCUCUUUUCUUCGUGGGGCUUAAAGACGAAAUUCAGAAUAGGAUUUCUCAGUGUGGGGAGAUGCCUAGUACUCUGGAGGCUAGGUCAUAUCGCCAGAAAUUGCAGGAAAAAGUGGUAGGAUGUACGAUGGACGAAAACUUCGAAUGA